AUGUUUCUGAUAACUCCAGCUGAAGCGUUGACUAAUUUCGGUGAUUUGCGUUCAGCUCCAGAUUGUCACUCGGAAUGUAUUGGAUGCACGGAAUCACGAUCAGCAGUUAGCUGUUUUUCUUGUAGGCAUCUCACCCAAUCUCUGCGUAACCGUGCAGGAUUCAAAUGUGUGUCCAGAUGCGAUGAAGGGUACUUCCUUGAAGGGGAUAAAUGUCGUGCAUGCAGUCCGAAUUGCAAAACAUGCAUCAAAGCAGAACAGUGCGAAACAUGUCCUGGUGCGCAGCUCUUAAUCGAUGUAAAUCAUUAUGGACAUUUGGAUCACGGACAGUGCAUUGAUGUAUGCCCACCUGAGCUCGAGCCGGACUAUACAAUAGCAGUGCAGGCGCGUUGUAUACUGAGGAGGAAUAAAUGCUCCAUUGGUUAUUAUGAGGCAGCAAGUUCUGUUUGUACGCCGUGUGAUGAUGCAUGCAGGACAUGUCAUGGUCCUGGACCUUUACAGUGCGAUUCGUGUUCUGCAAACUUCAAUAACCGAUCAGUAGGAUAUUGUCGACCAUGCUGUAGGGCGGGCGAGGAUCCAAUGCUACAUCACUGCGAGGAUUGCACUUCGUUAUCAUUACAAGUACAUCCAACGCAUUCAUCACUGUUUCAUGCACUGCUUUUUACGGUCAUUUUUAUAAUGUUAUGUGUUGCCGUCGCUGUGUUUAUUAUGAAAAUUGGUACUGAUAAUUCUUCGAGUCAUACUAAUCGAAACAUCGAUUAUGCACCUUUACCAUCUAGAGAACAAAUGAUCGAUUCGUUUGCGGAUACAACGGAUUCUGAAUCUGCCGAUGAAAUUAAUGACAAAAUGGAUCUGGAGACUCAUGAUUGCCUUAGGAUGGUUUUGGAAACUGGAAGCUCUAAGUGAUGAAACUAUGUUGAGAUUGGAAUAAUACUUGCUGGUCAUUUGUUAUGAAAUUUAUUUGCUCAUUGCUUAUAGAAGUUUGGAAAUUAGCUGUGGAUUGCUUGUAAUAUAUUCAAUCGAAAUUGGUGGUGGUAUUCUUCGCAUUAUAUCGCAUCAAAUUGAGCAUCCAAUCAGA